AUGAAGAGUACCAUGCUUAUCUUUGCACCACUGUGUUUGCUCCUUUGCUGGACGCUUCCUGUUGGCUCCAAAAAGAUCAGCAUCUUCACUUCACGAGAUGCCGACUAGGCCAUCCCACUGAACAUGGCUGUAGAUGCUAUUGAUGACAUGUACUACGGCUGCAAUGCAAUGAUGGAAAAAUUGGUCGGCAACAAUUACUUUCAAAAAGAGAAUAUGGGAUUAUUUAAGGAUGUCUGGAAAAGGGCAAAUAGUUGUGCAACCCAAAGAUUUGCACAUAGAGAUAAAGGAGAUGAGGCUUUAACCGAGAAUCACAUGCAAGCAAUCUGUGUUUAUACAGGUGACGAUAGCAAGUUUUAUGAGACGUUCAAUGCUGCAGUCCGUACAAACAAAACAAUCUAUGGCACCUCCUUUCCAUUCCACUUCUUACAUUUCUGGCUGACAUCUGCUGUACAAAUCAACAAAACCUGCAGCACCACUUACCGCAGAACCACUGAUGUGUUUACUGGCGAGGACAAUCAGACAAUUCGGUUUAGUUCUUUUACCUCCAGCUCUUUCAGAACAAACCUUCGCAAGUUUGGUAAGAAGACCUGCUUUAAAAUUAAGACCUGUGUAGGAGCAGACUUGAAGAAAUAUCCACGCUUGAAAGAUAAAGAACAAGAAGUGCUCAUCCCCCCUUAUGAGAUGUUCAAAAUAACGAGGAUAAUCAAAAAUAAACCUGUAGAAAAUAUGAACGACUGUGAAAAUGUGUAUAUCCUAGAGAGUGCAGGAAUCCACAGCAAUCUAAACUGUCACGCUGCAUAA